AUGUGGAAUGAAGAAUUUUGGUUACCAAAAAAUACAACUUGGAAUGAUUUUGUUGAACUUAGACAAAAAGGUAUUCGUAUACCACAAUUUCAUGAUCUUUUAUAUGUUUAUCCAUUGGCCGGUGUACUUUAUAUAAUGAGAAUUUUAUUCGAACGAUAUAUUGCUCAACCAAUUGGUCGAUCAAUUGGUAUAGAUGAUUAUAAAAAACAUCCUACACGUAUAAGUGCAUUAGGAAAAUUUAGUGAAUCAUUUUGGCGUUUCGUUUUUUAUUUAAGUAUAUUUAUCUAUGGUCUUAUUAUUUUACAAGAUAAAUCAUGGUUAUCUGAUACAAGAAAUUGUUGGUUAGAUUAUCCAAAUCAUCCAUUAACAAGUGAUAUUUUUGGAUAUUAUAUGAUAGAACUUGCUUUUUAUUGGUCAUUACUUUUUUCACAAUUUAUUGAUGUUAAAAGAAAAGAUUUUUGGCAAAUGUUUCUUCAUCAUAUUGCAACAAUAGCACUACUUUCAUUUUCUUAUAUUGUCAAUUUUGUACGUAUCGGUUCAUUAGUAGUUGUUAUACAUGAUUGUGUUGAUUAUUGGCUUGAAGGUGCAAAAAUGGCAAAAUAUGCAAAAGCACAAAAAAUAUGUGAUACAUGUUUCGGAAUAUUUGCACUUAUGUGGUUUAUAACACGUUUAUGUUACUUUCCGUAUAAAGUGUUAUAUACAACAACAUUUGAAGAAUUAAAUAUCCUUGGCUUAUUUCCUGCUUAUUAUGUAUUCAAUGGGCUCUUAAUACUUCUUCAAAUUCUUCAUUAUUACUGGUUUUAUCUAAUUUGUCAAGUGGCAAUUACAGCAUUUCGAGCUGGAGAAGUAACAAAAGAUGGACGAAGUGACAGUGAAGAUAGUGAUAGUGAACAAACAACUAAAGCAAGUGCAGUUCGGAAAGACAAAUGA